AUGGGACAAGGGUUCUCACUCACCACGCUCUCGGCUGGCACCGCCAACAUCGAUGUACCGGAGCUGGCUGAUUUGCAAUAUGAGAAAUCUCUCGGUGCCGCCCGGUUCAUGAAAGCCGUAAGGGCACGACACAGAGAUGGCCUGGUUGUGGCACGCGUGGUGAUGAAGCCAUACGCGCAGUUCAACUUUGAGACCUACGCGAGGCGGCUGCUUCACGAACGCAAGGUGCUUGCAGAAGUUCCGAACGCCUUGGCGUACCAUCGUAUUAUCGAAACGGCUGCUUGUGGUUAUCUCGUGCGUCAGUACAUUCACAGUUCGUUGUAUGACCGACUAAGUACACGCCCUUUCCUCGAAGAGAUUGAGAAGAAAUGGCUUUCCUUCCAGCUGCUCUCUACUAUUCGCGACUGUCAUGCUCAAAACGUUUAUCAUGGCGAUAUCAAAACCGAAAACAUCUUGGUCACGUCCUGGAAUUGGCUCUAUCUAACCGAUUUCUCAUCUACAUACAAACCCGCGCAUGUUCCCGAAGACAAUCCUGCUGAUUUCUCGUUCUACUUCGACCUAUCUGGACGGCGCACAUGCUAUUUGGCACCCGAACGGUUCCUAGCCUCCGGCCAGCAGCCUGAGGGAGAAGGCAGUGUGAACUGGGCAAUGGACAUCUUCAGUGUCGGCUGUGUCAUUGCAGAGUUGUUUCUAGAGGCGCCCAUAUUCUCUUUGAGCCAGCUUUUUAAGUACCGACAAGGCGAAUACAACCCGGAGCACUACCACCUUGGUAAAAUACAGGACCCCCACGUACGGGAGCUUAUCGUGCACAUGAUACAAGUGGAUCCAAAUUCCAGAAUGUCAGCUGAAGACUACCUCACGCAUUGGAGAGGCAAGGUGUUUCCAGACUAUUUCUAUGGAUUUUUGCAACAAUACAUGUACUCGAUCACAGAUCCAUCCUCAGGUCGGAAACCGGUGACGACCGGUUCCGAGCAUCUCGGAGAGCCAGAUGAGCGAAUCGACCAGGUCUACAACGAUUACGACAAGAUUUCGCAUCUACUUUCAAACAACGAAGGAAAAGAGCUUGCCAGGCCACGACACGCGCCUCCCGAGCCAAACGCAAAGUUGUUCCCGCUACACAUCGACAUCCCCAACUACCAGCACCAAGCGUCUCCUACAAGAAGUCUUGCGCAAGAUGACGGCAACUUGAUAUUUCUCACCAUCGUUGUCUCGUGUAUGCGAGGGACAGCCCGUGCAUCUGCUCGUGUUAGGGGGUUGGAGCUACUGUUAGCUUUCUCCGAACGUCUGACUGACGAAGCAAAGCUGGAUCGUGUGAUACCGUACGUUGCACAGCUGCUCACCGACAAGUCAGAGCAAGUUAGGAUCACCGCAUUAAGAUCCCUUACACAGAUCCUUGCAAUGGUACAAGUCGUGUCUCCUAUCAAUGCCUAUAUCUUCCCGGAGUACGUUCUCCCACGGUUGGAGGCAUACCUUCCUGAUUCUUCAUCGGGAGCAAAUCCUCUUGUUCGUAUGCAAUACGCUCUGUGUAUAGGAACACUCGCUACAACGGCUGCAAAAUACCAUGACAUGAUCCAGGCGUUACGAGCGGACGGGGCUCUGCCCGCGACCGAUCCCGAGGCCGAAGAUAACCUUUCAUCGUCAGCACACCGCAAUCGUUUCGAUGCCGAUCGUCACAAUCUUCUUGAGGCAUUUGAAAAGCAUACAAAGGCUCUCUUAACCGACUCUGCUGCGUCUGUCCGCCGCGCAAUGCUCCGGUCAGUCUCUGACUUAUGCGUGUUCUUUGGCAGCCCUCGGGCGAAUGAUGUAGUACUCAGUCAUCUCAAUACCUACCUCAAUGAUCCAGACUGGAUGUUGAAGUGCGGCUUCUUCGAAGCAAUUGUUGGAGUGGCCGUCUUUGUUGGAGGCGCAAGCCUGGAAGGUUACAUCUUGCCGCUAAUGGUUCAAGCGUUGACAGACCCAGAGGAGUUUGUCGUCGAAAGAGUUAUACGCGCGUUGUCUUCUAUGGCGGAACUCGGACUCUUUCAACGAUCUAAGACCUGGGAGCUAGUAGAUAUCGUCGCAAGACUCACGAUGCACCCAAAUCUUUGGAUCAGAGAAGCAGCCGCCCAAUUCAUCUCGGCCGCAUCAAGAUAUCUUUCAGUCGCAGAUACGCACAGUAUCUUAAUCAAUCUCAUCAGGCCAUACCUGAAGGUAGUACCGUCCGACUUCUCACACACGAGAAUUCUUGAAUCACUCAAGAAACCUUUGCCAAGGUUGCUCAUCGAGAUGGCAUCAAACUGGGCUGUGCAAGCGCAAAAGGGACUUUUCUGGACCUCUGCAAGGCAGCAGCAGACUUUCACAUUUGGGUCUACAGAGGAGACGCUUCCUGCUACCUCUGGUCGUGAGCUAGACGUGAAAGUGCUCCAGAGGAUACAGAAGAACGCCGAGGACCAGGCCUGGCUGCAGAAGCUUCGCAAUGCAGGCAUGACAACUGAAGAUGACUUCAAGCUUGUUGCUCUGCGAGAGUUCAUCUGGCGAGUAGUUCAUCGACGGCGGUCGGAUAGCCUCGCAUCGAGCCCGACAAGGUUCAAUAACAUUGUAACGCUAAAAGACCUUGGGAUCAACGCCCUCACCGUCAUCUUCGAUGACAACUUGCAGCACGCUGUCAACGGAGAUCAAGCAGUGAUCGGCCGGCAUGAGGACUACGGUCAUCCUCGGACUAUUCAAGACGCACUGCUCGACGCAUCUACAACAGAAGUCGACGCUCUUGCAUCUCGUAUACCCCACGCGCAGAGUCAAGCUGACCGUUUGGCCCGGGAAGAAAGCGGCGGGCGGCGUAUGGCCAUACCACCGCGUUCAAAUCCUGCGAACUCAUCCCAUGACCUGCGUCACGGUAGAGGAUCACCAUCUUCUGAGACUGGCUUAAGAAGGAGCUCGCUCCAGAUGCCAAGUAAUACAUCGCCCAAUCACUCCCCCAUAGGCUCGCUUGGUACUGUAGACCACCUGCAAUCGUUACAUCAUCGUAACAGCGUUUUGAGCUUACUCAACAAGAGAGAAAACAAAGCGCUUCCUGAGAUUGGUACAACUUCUGCAAAUGCUUUCGGGAAAGUCGAUGCAGCGCAUGCACGAGACACGUCUCGUUCUCGUCAGCCGUCCUCGCCAUUUGCCGUUGACAAACCACAACGGAGCCCUUCUCAAAUACGGUUCAGAAAUGCCCACAAUUACACAGGGAAUGAUCCUGCGGUUUUGAAACUGCUCGAUUCGAUGCUCAUUGAACGCUUCCCUUCUGGCGAGAUUGAGUUUGGACCGCGUAUUCAGCUUCCGAUCAGAAGACCUCCUAUUCGCUACAAAGAUGCCCACCAUUCUUUAGCAGGUGUCCCAUGGAGGCCUGAGGGUAUGCUGGUGGCGACUUUCAGUGAGCAUGUCGCUGCUGUGAGCCGUGUACUAGUUUCUCCGGAUCAAGGCUUCUUCAUCAGUGGUUCCGACGACGGCACUGUCAAGAUCUGGGAUACUUCACGUCUCGAGCGCAACAUCACACGUCGCUCUCGACAGACAUACAAGCUCGGCGAUGAUGUGAAAGUGACAAGUCUUGUCUUUGUGGAGCAAACCUACUCGUUCGUAGCUACCGGCAGUGAUGGUAGCGUCCACGUUGUACGUGUUGAUUAUUUCCAAGGAGCCGAUGGUACUGUCAAGUUUGGGAGACCAAGACUUCUCCGAGAGUAUCAAUUAUCGAAGGGAGACCAGGCCGUCUGGUCAGAGCAUUACAACGAGGACAGCAAAUCAGUGCUGUUGUUGGCCACGAACACUUCAAAGAUUAUUGCACUGGACCUAAAAACCAUGGAAGAGCUGUUCGUUUUAAAGAAUCCACUGAACCAUGGAACCCCGACCUGCUUCUGUGUGGACAAGAAAGCACAUUGGCUGUUGCUAGGUACAUCCCAUGGUGUGCUUAAUCUAUGGGAUCUUCGCUUCAAAUUGCGCCUCAAAGCAUGGGUCUACAGCGGGGCCUCUCCCGUACAUCGACUCAUGCUAGUGCAAGAUCCAAGAAGAAAACGAUCACAGCGGCUAUACAUUGCUGGGGGUAGCGGGCAAGGUGAGGUGACGAUGUGGGAUUGGGAGAAGCACAUCUGCGAACGUGUGUAUCGUAUCGGUGGUGGUAAGGAGACAGGGCUGAAGAGCACUCUACUCGCUGAUCUCGAUGAAGAGAAGCCAGGUGGAAUGCUCGGCCGUUUCGCCACCGCACUAGAACCCACCGCAGACCAAAGCGCAGAUCGUAGUAUCCGAGCCUUUGCCGUGCAUACACAAGCAGUAGACGACAAGGGCGAUGCGAAGCAUACUUUCAUCCUCACCGCUGGUCCGGACUGGAAGAUCCGAUACUGGGACACAUAUCGUCCAGAAGCAUCAAUGGUGGUUAGUGGCCUAGAGGUAGACGAGGCAAAGCCCCAGUUUGGUAUUAGUCAGCCGGGAGUCGAUACUACUGUCAUUACAGAGCUCUCGUCGCAGCCCCCGCCCCAAUCCUUGAACGGUCGAGAGAGCAAGAGCUCUGCUUCGAGCAAAAAACCAGCAUCGAAGUCAUCUCGAUCUGGUCUGAUAUCGCUACAGCAACAGCAACUUCUCAAGACCCACCUGGAUACAAUUAUGGAUGUGGCUCUGGUAGAGCAGCCUUAUGGCAUGAUCAUCUCGGCUGAUCGAUCGGGUGUUAUCUACAUGUUCAUGUAG